CGCCCAGCCGGCAUGCCCCCUACCCGGCCUGUGUCUUUUGCGCUGCUUUUGGCUUUGCACUCCCAGCCUUGUCUCUGCAACAGCUUGAGGAGGAGGAGGAGGAGGAGGAGGAGGAGGGCAGGCGGCCGCUGCAUGCAGACCCCUUCAUCCGUGCAGAGAGGAGCAGCGCUCUGAGGCCUUUUCUUUCUUGAGCCAUUCUUCGUGCGGUGUAUGGGGGAGAUGCCCUUCAGAAUGACUCCAGAGUCCGUUGACCUCCUUUUCCAUUGGCACCACUAUAAAAGGGCCACGGAGACCAAGCACGCGCUUCCUCUCGGGCUCCUCCGAACUCCGCUGGAUGCUUAACGCGAGGGAUGGCGACGCAGGUUGAAGUUGGCUCGGCCCUCCCUCCCUUGACCCAUCUCAGCGAGCUGACCAGUGAAGCGAAGCUGCAGCAGGCCUUUGCCAGCAGCCAGCCCAGUGAGCUUCCGAGUUCCUUCCUUCUGGAAGAAAGGAGCCCCUUGAGGCCAGCUCCCGUGGCUCCGGCUGCUUCAAGGCCGUGGCUGACUCCCAAGCCCUUCUCCAGGGAGAAGUCUUCAGAUACCUUCACGAUGGUGAAGCCCCCUGUCUCGGCCCCCAAGCCCUCUGCGUUUGCCAAAACCUUUGAAGAGACGACUGCUGGGAAGGGGUCGACGGGCAACGUCCCACCGCUGGUUGAUCAGAAAUCCAUUGACCACAAAAGCCCCAGUGAUGAGCUGGUUGCAAAUAUGCCCUUCUAUUCCCGCCCUCAGGCAAACACAGUCAUUCUCUUUGAAACGGGAAGCGCUGAGAAAACCAGGAUGACCUUGACUCCAGACAAAAGUGUGGCUGGUUUCUCCCAAACGUUUAGCACUUUACAGCCCCCCAAGGGGCCACUUCCUCUUUCCAAGUCGGAGGUGUCCUACCGAAGACCCAAAGGUGCUGGUAUCCAUAGGCAGCUGUCUCUUUCCUCCGAAUCCCGGCCGGUCUCUUGGAACCCAUGCCGACCUCUCGAACAGAAAGACACCUUUGCAGGUGCUGCUGAAGAGAGGGCACUCGAUCAGGAGCAGCAGCCGGGCAGCAGCAUUGCCCUCGCUAGUGAGAUGCCGCCCAGGCCCAAACAGAGACCGGUGUCCGCGCUCUUUCUGGAGUCGUUAAAGGAUCCAAAGCCCUGCGGUUCUGACCUCUUGGAUGAGAAACCCCUUGAGAAAUCAUGGGUUAGGAAACCGAGACCGCUGUCCAUGGAUCUCACGGCAAAGUUCGAAAACAGAGACCUUUCUGUGCAAAGGAAAUCUUGUCCCUCUGAAAUCAAGGGGCCCAAGAGCGACCCCCUGGGCUUGGGGAGAGCUGAUCCUUCAAAACUGACUUUGAAAACCACUUUUCAGACAGACAGCACCCCUGGUGUUAAAAGCCACGCCAGUUCUCAGACCCCGAAGCCCCCUCCGAAUGAGGCUGCCUCUUCAUGCCGGAACGCUCCAAAAGACUUGGGCCAAGCCUUGGCAAAGGAUAGCAAAUACCUGUGGGAACAGCGGCUUAAAAAUCCAGAUGAAGAAAAUGAGCCAGGAGCCGAGAAUGCAGCCACUUCAGACCACAGCAAGGAGCCACCCAAGAGCAAAGGCUUGUCCGUUAAAGAGAUGACAGUAUUAAAUCAAAAGAGAACACGCGCCGUUAGUGAAACCUCCGCAAAUGCAACCGAUGCCGAAAACCGGAGCAUGAGGGGAGGCAGUGCUAAGAAACCUGUGAAUCUGCUGGAUGCGUCCGCCAACAGCCCGGCUCCAGUGAAUGCGGAGCCUCUGCCUGAAAGCCCCGGAAAAGAAAGCCGAGUUUUGAACAUCCAGCAGAGAAUCAAAGAACUGACGGCCGAAAAUGCCGACGUUAAGCCAGGAAAUCUGCGGCGGUCAUUCCGGUCACGACCUCUUUCUGCAGACCUGACAAAACUGUUCUCGAGCCCCGUGACUGGCAGCGAAGCGAAGCCGGAGAGGCAAGCUGAACCGGACAGCAAGUCUGUUAGUGAGAUCCCAGAAACCGAAGAGAACGAGGCCAGUCCCUUGGGUGGAAUGGGUUCGUGUGUGGUCGGGCCCCCAUGGAAGCCACGGCAGCCCCUCAAGAUCCCGUGUGCGGAUGGGCACCUCGAGAGAGACAGGAGUUUGAAGCAAAAUGUGGCCCUGCAGAGUGGAAGUCCCUCUUCAGUCGCCGAUCGCAGCCUGCACACACACUCCGCCCCUCCUGCUGAAAAGGCACGUCUUAAAACUGUCCGCGCGACCCUGUUUGAGCACAACGUCCAAAGGCACAAUGUUGCUGCGGAUCACCACCUUGGGACGGAGCUCGUCGGGGGACAGCUGGACCCCCGGAUGGAGAAAGCACUGGACCCGCCGACAAAGAAAACGCCCCCCAAGCAGGCCGAUCUGCUGCUGGAUGCCAAGAAAGAUGGAAAUGCAAAGAUUCUAAAUGAGGGCAGAGUCCUGCCGGCUGCUGCGUGGAAAAGUGAAGCGAUCAAAGAGGCCUUUGAGAAACCCACCCCGAAGCACAUCGAGGACUCCUUGAUGUACCAGAGGAUAGAGCCACGGUACGAAAUCCUCCAGACGGUUGGCGAAAGGGCGCAAAGCGAGGUGAUUGCGACUGUGCCCGAGGAGAAGGCCGUGACGCUCCGAAGCAGAAGAUCUUUGAAGGAGAGGAGAAGAACCAGCGGCAGUGUUGGGGAUGCUGCGUGGCCAGGUGGCCUUGACAUUCAGGGUGGUGGCUGGAAAGAGGAGAGUCGCUUUUCCAGAACGAAGGAUGCAGAGGAAGUUGCCAGGCAAGCAGCCUCUGUGCAAGAGCUUCACGUCUCUUGUAGCCAACGUGAGCAAGUAACCGAGUUGGACAGCAGCCAGCCUGGACAGCAGCAAGUCCCGGGGAAAGCAUCGCACUUCACAAACAGGAGCGAGGGCUUGGGGUUGGCAGAUGCCAAAGGCUCUAACUUGUCUUCAGGUGCAGAAAAAGAAAAAAGCGACACUUGCUUUGCUGGUAGAAUGGAGGAUUUCAAAAUCCCGAAACACGAGAGCUUCAAGGCAGGCUCAGGCGGGAUAGAUGGCUGUGAAGCUCGAUCCAGCGCGAGUCAGAAGACCACUUUGGCCAGUGUUAGCCAGCCUGAGAGCUCACCUUCUCUCGGUGGGACUAGCCAAUGGCCGAACCUCGGCAGGAAAGCUUCCCACCCGAGUUCAGACGCGAGAACUCAUGAGCAGGAAGAACCCAAAGGUUUUGGCUUAAGGAAACCUUCAACUGCGUAUGGUGCACAAGAAGAAUUGGACGUUUCCGGCAAAACGGAAGGAGGCAGAUUCCAACAACCUGAUGUGGAAGAGAGGGCCAGGAGAGGCGGCCUUAGCAUUUCUGCCCCAAAAGCUUCCGAAAGAUGGCGAAGGAAAACCUUGCCCCAUGACACCUCCCAGAUUGAAGACAUUGGGGCAGGGAACGCAAAAGCACUGAACUACAGGGACCCCCUCCAGCUUUGUGACGGCUCAAUUGCAAAAAGAAACAGAAGGUUCAGAUAUGGAUCCGAGCCAAGGGAGGUGAGCUUUGUCUCUCCCAGCAGCCCAGAUGACUGUCUCAAGAGUCCGCUCUCUCCUUCGGAGCCAAAGGCAACCUAUUUUGCUGUGACUUACCAGAUUCCAGAUGAAAACGAAAACGUCUCUGGAAAAACUCUGGAACCUCUCAAGAGCAAAGAGUUUUCUUCGCUAGCGAAAAAUGCUUUGUUUGCUCCUCACGUUAGUGCUUCCAGAAGAUCCCUACCAUCACACUGCCAGCACAGUCAAAGAUCUCCAGACACUCAAGGCACUCUGGAUACGCAUCUCAGUAAGAGCUGGGGAGAGGGAGACACCUUGGACCUCUCCAAGAAAGGCACAUUGAAAUAUCCACCAACUGAGCUGAGAGCUGAGAACUGGAGAUCUCUCGGGAGACGACAGGAGGAUGCUCAAGAGAGAGUGACAGAUGUCGAUCCUCCUUCCCUUGGCGUGGAGCCAAAGUCCCCUUCCUCCUUUAGACACUGGCACCAGAACCAAGAGCCUUUAGGACCACCGAAGUGCAGCGACCGUGGCCAUGGCACAGCCGAAGAGAAGAGCGCUGGUAAUUAUCGCUCGAAAGUUCUUGACAUUGAUGCUCUGAUGGCAGAAUACAAAGAAGAUUCCAGGAAGGCCUCUGCGGUUCUGGACAGGAGGGAGGGUGGCCUUCGCGAGGAGAGCAGGUUGUUCCCUUGGGAAAAAUUGGCGUCCGCAAGGAAUUCUGCAGAUAGGACAUCCUGCGGUUACAACCGGAGUGACCCCAAAGGCCUAGAUCACCCCCCUGCAAGUAUUAAGCAGGGUGUCUCCGCGACGGAAUCCUGUGGGCCCGAGAACGUGUGUGGAAGUGAGAGACAGAGACUGGAGAGUAGCAGCCCGGAGCGGAGUCCUCUGAAGGCCAGAGAUGGGAAGUUUGGCCCCCCUCACUGGGCAAGGCCCCUUGCAGAGAAACCCAAGUAUUUGCCGGUAGAUCCGGUUGGCACAAGGAAGAAAACGUUCAUUCUCGACGAGGAGCAAGGCGAGAGCCUUCUGUGGAGGCACCACGGUGCAAAAUAUGCCGAUCACCCGAACCAGGAGCCCAGCCUUGCUUGUGUGGAUGUGGAGCCGGAGACCGGCUUGGUUCCUCGUCCCUCCCAGGUGCUUCCUGACGGAGGAGCCUUAAGGAAGGGGACGGGCCCCCAGCAACAGCAGGCGAGGGCGUCUUCUGAGGCCGGUUGGCACCAGCAGCACGUCUCUGGGCGUGGUCUGAAGAAGCAGAAAGGUGGCACCGAUGGGAGCCCUCUUGGGGCUGACUCUCCCGCAGUCAAGAGUGGGGCCGAAUGGAACAGUUCCGUGCCCAGUCUGGCCGCUGUCCCCCCACUGGACUUAAAGCGCUCCUACUCCGAAAAGGCUCGCCCGGGCAGAGCAAGAGGCAGCUUGCCAUCUGGGCCAGGAGAAAGGGAGAAGCCGGGCCAGCCAAGGGUCCGCCCCAGUUUCCCUCCAGAGAGCGUAGACGGCUGGCUGAAUCAGCGGAGCGGGGCUCAACAAGGCUCCUCCUUCCACGAGGAGAAACGGCAGGACCUCGGGAAAGAGCAGACCGGCCAGGACCGCGGCGCUUGGGGAGCGAGGCAUCCGGCCGCCCUGUCUGUGCAGCGGAGGAGCCGCAGCUUUUACAAGGAGCGGACGGCCGGUCCCUGGGUGGCGGAUCAGCUGAAGCAGUGCCUGGGCAGGCCCUCGGCUGAAGCGAAGGACACGGACACGCUGGUCCAAGAGGCGGACCACCAGUAUGGCACCUGGAGUGACCAGCGGCACAGUGGAGACAGCUUUGCGCCGGAGUCUCCUUCCUCGGAAAGCCACGUGGCCUCCCCCCGCAAGCAGCCUCCGGGCAGCUGGCUCUCCUCCUUCUCCUCCCAGACGGACCCUGCCUCUGCCACGGACCAGCAGGACUCCUCCUCGCGGGAGCACCGGAGCACCAGCCUGGACCGCUCCAGCAUGGAGGUGGACUCGGCCGACGAGGCGGAGGAGCCCGCGCCUGCAGGGGCCUCUGCCGACUUCUCCUUCCUGAAUCCGACCUCCGUGCUGGACUCCAGCGCCCUGAAGACCCGGGUGCAGCUCAGCAAACGGCGGCGCCAGCACCGGGCCCCCAUCUCCCACUCGCUCCGGAGGAGCCCCGGAGAAGAGGCCGGGCAGCAGCGGCCGUCCGUGCCCGAGGAGGUGGACAGUGCCUGGAUGUUCAAGGAUUCCACAGAGAAGUCUGCAAAGAGAGAAGAUUCUGAGGAGGAAGGAAAGCGGCGCCCGGCAGAGAGGUUGCCCGUCUCCCAGCCCCAGAGGCUCCCCGUGUUCCCAGGGAUGGACCACUCGGCCCUCAAGGCUCAGCUCAGGAAAAGACACGAGGCGGAGGGGUCGGGAGACGGCAGCCCCGCGCAGUUGUCGAAGUCGCCCAAAUCCCCCUUCCCGGCCGGAGUCCUCGGCAGCCGAGUGCUUCCCACUGGGGCGGAGAAAGAAGAGAGGCCGGAGGGGCCGUCUCCGCAGUGGCUGAGGGACCUGAAGUCCAAGAAGCGGCAGAGCCAGCACGAGAACCAAGUGUGACCAGACGGAAGCCGCCACUUGGGGAAAGACGCUGACGGUGGAACAGAAGCCUUAACUCCCACCCCCACCCCUUGCCCUCUUGCUUCCUGCCUCGACUGCUCUGCGCACGGUGCCUUUCCAAGACGGCGGAGGAAGUUCCGGUAGUCAUAGUCAAGAACAGGACUGCAGGAGGAGGAGGAGAGGCAUUCUCCCAGGCCCAGGCGGGAGCCCCAGGUCCGUUGGGCUGGGCCCCCCCAUGCCUGGAGGGGGUUCCUUGUGCUGCAGAGUCAGCCCCCCUACCGAAUCUGGGGGUGCCUGCACCUGAAACUGUGGCCUUCUGGCUGGGGGUUCGGGCUCACUCCGCAUCCGUCUAUGAACAAAGAAAAUGUGGGUGUAAGUGGGCUGGAUUCCUGCAAAUGAGUUCUUGCUGCGUGAGGAAGGAGAGAGAGAAAGAGAGAGAGAGAGAGAGAAGGGGAGGGAAACCCCAGAUUAUGUUUACUGCCAUAUUGAAAAGGAAACUUGACCGAUGAUUAUUUUUUAAGUCUAUUUUUGGCCGGCUGAUACUUUGCGGGUCUGCUGUUGGGCUAGGACAAUGUGACAAUUAUUGUUUUGUUUUCUUUAGGAUCAAAGGAGGUUUAAUUGUUCUUUUAAGUAAGAUUGUACAUGUUUUGUCAACACACCGAGUAAUCGUUUUAUGACGAGGAUCCCCUUCCUAGGAGGGUUAAGCAAUAAAGUCAGACAUUAAAAUAGCUGUAAAUAAUCUA